AUGCACACGGUGGGAGCACGGCUGCGAGCGAGAGCGGCAUCCUUAUCGGGGGAGAGAAGCAGAGUACGACGGCGAUGUUUUUCUGUAUUCGGGGAUGGGCCCACCGCCCAAUCUGUCCCUCCGAGGCCCUCCCGUCGUGAAAAGCCCGGCAGCACCAGCACAAGUACGGGCGCAACCGUCACCGCCAUCAGGAGAAGCAGCAACAUCAAUCAAAGCAGGGAGGCAGCCUCCUCCCUCGAUCACGCCGAGGCGGAAGGGGGCCGACGGGUGCUGGCGAUGACCGACGCCGAUUUCCCGAGAGUCCUGAACGGACCCGCGCCUGGUUACGCCGAGGACGCGCUUGGAAGGCUGCUGCUCGGCAACCUCCCCGCCGGGGCAGCACGUGCAGGUGCUAGGAGGGGUGCUUUGGAGACGGCGCCAGCAGUAGCGAAAGAGGAGGCAGGCCGAUCGGUUGAUUGUAGAAUAGGAGAGGAAAGCGGUGGUGUUGGCGGGACGGCGAAGUUAGAAUCGACGACCCCUUUGGCGGGCCCCGCGGGGUUGGAAGGGCACGUUGGGGCCGCGCUGUCGGAAGGUUUUUCGUGGGAGUCCGAGGAGGAAGAGGAGGAAGAUCAGGCGCCAGGUUUGGCUACCAGCAAUCCGGACGAUCAAGCCAAUGGAUACGCCAAUGACCAAACGGCAAUCUUACGAUGCCCGCCACAAGAGGCGUUUUCGUCUGCCGCUGCAUCUGGUGCUGAUGUGGUCUACGAAGAGGAGGAUGACUUCGUCGACCCGCUGAUGGAAAUCCCUCAGGCUGUUGAUCGCGGGGACAAGGGGGAGGAUAAGGAUGAGGUGGAGUUGCCGUACAGCACGCUGUACCAGAUGCAGCUGGACAGGGAAGAUCAGAGCCACCAAGAAGCGUGCGAGAAGUACGGGAAGAUGGUGAAGGAGCUCAUGACCAUGGGCAAGGGCACGCAGAUGAAGCCUAUCGAGCGGCUUCUCACCACGUGGUAUCCGGCUCUGAAGGAGAGCAUCGAGAGGGAGCAGGAGGCGGUGUGGGCAAACGUCACGGAUGACAACAAGGGGACCGUCAAAACUAGCGGCUCUUUCGGUGGCCGCGGCACUUACGGGGCUUUUCUGGUGAUGCUCAAGGCGGACAAGCAGGCCGUGCUGGUGAUGCAUGAGGUGGUGAAUCUCAUCCUGGCCAGCGGAAACAAAGGGGUUUCCACCGUAAGAGCGUGCACUCGCGUCGCCGAGCUAGUGCAGGCAGAGGUGAACCUGAUGAGAAUGAAGAAGGACGGCAAGAAAGGCCAGCGUGUGCAAGUCAGCAGCCUGAGACAUGUCAGAGAGGUGAACAAGCAAGCCCAGGAUGCGCUGGACAUGCUGGAGGACACGCACUGGCCGAUCGGCGCCCAAGUAAAGCUAGGCGCGGCGCUGAUCAAGCUGCUGAUAGAGACGGCUUGUUGGACGUACGACAAGGAGAGCGGCGUGGUGACGGCGUGGGACAAGGGGGGGGCGGAGAGAGGGGGUGGUGAGCGGGACACGGAGGGGUUUCCAAUGCCAAAGGCGGCAUUCGUUCACGACAUCAUCAAGGGCAAGAAUAGCCGGAAGGGGAGCUUGACCAUGGCGCCGGAGAUCUUUUCGAAGAUGGUAGACGAGGACAUCAGCAGGCUAGCCACGCCGCGGUUCGUGCCGAUGCUGGUGCCCCCUUUGGACUGGAUUAAGCCUAACCGAGGGGGCUUUCUCCGACUGCGUGCGCAGAUCAUGCGCACGAAGGGAGAGGCAGCACAGAAGCACGCCUUGAGGAGAGCAGACCUGAGGCAGGUCUACAAGGCACUCAACUGCCUUGGGAAGGUUCGGUGGCGCAUUAACGGGCACGUGUUGGAUACGGUCAUGGUGUGCCUGAGGGACAAGAUUGCGGUGGGCGACCUGCCGGUGAUCAAAGACCUGCCCUUGCCGCCCCGCCCGGACGGCGUGACCGUGGACCGCUUGGGCAGGCUGAGGGCACCCGUACAGGGGGAACACGAGGACGAGGAGGUUUUCAAGGAGAGACGGCAGAAACACUACGCGUACAAGAGGUUGCUCGAAAAGACCAAGCAAAAGAACGCCAAUAUGCACUCCCUUCGCUGCGACAUGAAGAUCAAGGUGGAUAUCGCACAGGAGUUCCGCGACCACGUCAUCUACUUCCCGUACAAUAUGGACUUCCGGGGACGGACGUACCCCAUACCCCCGAACCUGAACAUCCUGGGGUCGGACUUUUCUCGAGGGGUCCUGGUGUUCGACGAGGCCAAACCGCUGGGGGAGAAGGGGCUCUACUGGCUCAAGGUGCAUCUGGCGAACUUGUACGGAGAAGACAAGGUUUCCUUUGACGACCGCGUCGCUUUCGUGGAGAAGCAUAUGGACGAGUCCUGGCGAGAGGUUCGAGAUAGCGCCUUGCGGCCGCUGGAGGGCGAGUGCUGGUGGAAGGACGCGGACAGUCCCUGGCAGUGCCUCGCCGUGUGUGCCGACCUCACGGCUGCCCUGGACAGCCCAGACCCCGCUCGGUAUCUCUCGCGACUGCCCGUGCACCAGGACGGUUCGUGCAACGGGCUGCAGCACUACGCGGCGUUGGGGUUGGAUGCGAAUGGCGGGGCUCAGGUGAACCUUUCCCCUUCCCCCGAACCUCAGGACGUGUACAGCGGGGUGUGUGACGUCGUCAAGAAGAAGGUGGCACUUGAGGCGAGCACCGUGCCUCCCGAGGGCGCAUCGGUUGUUGACCUCGCGAACCACGAGAUCGCCAAGAUGGUGGAUGGGCUCAUAGACCGAAAGGUGGUGAAGCAGACGGUGAUGACGAGUGUGUACGGGGUGACAUUCGUGGGGGCUCGAGCACAGAUACAGAACGUUCUGGGAGACAAGAUGAUUGGACACACGGACGAGAGCGGGGUGCCCAGCGCAGAAGUGGAGGAAAACGUCUACAAGGCGUCCGCCUACGUUGCCAAGCACACGAUGACGGUCCUCGAGGAGCUCUUCACGGAGGCUAGGAAUACGAUGGAUUGGUUGAAGGCCGUGUCGCAGCUGGUAGCCAAGGAGGAUCAGCCGAUGUCGUGGAUCACUCCCCUCGGCCUGCCCGUGCUGCAGCCCUACCGACGGACCGACACCUAUCAGGUGCAAACGCUGCUACAGGGCGUUCACAUCCGAGAGGACAGCGACAAACUCCCGGUUGCCGUCAAAAGGCAGACGACCGCUUUCCCACCAAAUUUCGUCCACUCCCUGGACUCGACCCACAUGAUGAUGACGGCUAUCGAGAUGGACAAGGUCGGGGUGCCCUUCGCGGCCGUGCACGAUAGCUACUGGGUGCACGCGGGGAACGUCGAUGUCAUGAACGACAAGCUGCGACAGUGCUUUGUGGACCUCUACUCCGGACCUAUUCUUGAGGACCUCCACGAUUCGCUGCGGAUGCGAUACCCGACGAUAGACUUUCCCCCCAUCCCUGAGAGAGGGACUUUGGUGUUGGACAGUGUCAAGGAUAGCAAGUACUUCUUCAAUUGAUGGGAUCAGAUCGAUUGUGACUGGCUGCGUGAGACCCGAGUGGGGUGUGUCGAAAGAGAGGUUGAGUUAUUGAGGCGCCGUUUGUUUUGCUGCUUUUGUGACGUGUGCUCGAGGACCUGCUGCCUUGACCUACGUCUCGGAAACGUAGGUGAUGACUACCCCACUGCACUAAGCUAGCCCACGUGAUGGCCAUCGUGCAGUCUCUGAAGGAAAAUCGUGUCCCUACAAGACCGUUCUCCCAUGUGGCAUGUUUUGUUGGUCGCGCUUCCCCUGUGUGCUUCCCUUCUUGUGUAUUAUCGCAUGUCGUCUUCAAACGGGGAUGCGGAGUGCUUGUUUGUGUGUCUUACCGUACAGUGGUAAAAAAUAACUCUAGUCAAGACUAGUCCAUUCUGCCCCUUGUCUAUCCUUGAGGCGUUCACUAUAUAACAGAUGUCGAGGGAUAGACGCAUGUGUGAUGGUCGUGGUGGUCGAGGCGAAAGAAAGCUGUGCGCGAUCUGCCAUAGACCUGCCAUAGACCUGCCAUCGGUGGUGCGGUUGUGAUGGUAAUGCAUGGGUUGAGAAUUAACCUUGUUGUCUGUUUUCUGGUGGUGAUCAUAGACCGGUCAAUAAGCGACCGAUGAGCAGUAACUGGAUGUCGCUUUUUGGUGGUGACCCUUUGGUUGUGUCGAUCACACCCUCCAUAGCUCUACUUCCAACGGGGGUUUCGGUGCACCAUACAAUACUCGGAUGCAA